UGUCGAACACACCUCCGGUGACCUAGUGAAAGGCAAGGUCGCAUGAGUGAGAAAGAGAGAGAUUUUCAUUUCGUGUAUUUGUUUUAAUUUUGAGAGAAAGAGGAAAACAUUAUGUUGCGACGUUUUUCCUCAGAGAUUGUGCGAAAUGCACAAAAGACUAGUUUACAAGAUACAAUUUCUAAAUCGUUGUAUUUGACUGGCACAAAUGUUGGAAAUUCAAGGUACAUGUCGACAGAAAUCAAAACAGAAGAUUUUGGUUUCUCAGAAACUGUCGAUUAUUUCUUUGACAAGGCGGCAAAUCUGGUUAUGGACAAGUUGGCAGAUGAUUUACCAGGCAAGAAGCAAUCGCGUGAGGAAAAGCAACUGAAAGUCAGAAACAUUCUGAAAAUGAUAAAGCCAGUUAAUCAUUUGGUGAAAUUCUCAUUUCCAAUCAAACGUGACAAUGGAGAGGUUGAAAUUGUUGAAGCCUGGCGGGCCCAGCACAGUCAACACAGGACACCAUGCAAAGGAGGUAUAAGAUACAGUUUAGAUGUGAAUGAUGAUGAAGUCAAAGCUCUCGCACAGUUGAUGACAUAUAAAUGUGCUGUUGUCGAUGUGCCGUUCGGAGGAGCCAAGGCUGGUGUGAAGAUCGACCCGAAGGUUUACUCGGAGAAUGAGCUUGAGAAGAUCACUCGUAGACUGACUGUUGAGCUUUCAAAAAAGGGAUUUAUAGGCCCAGGUAUAGAUGUUCCUGCCCCAGAUAUGGGUACAGGUGAGAGAGAGAUGGGCUGGAUUGCAGACACCUAUGCAAACACUCUAGGUCACUAUGACAUCAAUGCACAUGCAUGUGUAACAGGAAAACCUAUCACUGCUGGAGGUAUUCAUGGUAGAACAUCAGCCACUGGACGUGGUGUGUUCCAUGGUAUACAAAACUUCAUUAUGGAAGCGUCAUACAUGUCUAUGGUUGGUCUCACUCCAGGAUUUGGUGACAAAACUGUUAUUAUCCAGGGCUUAGGUAAUGUAGGUCUACAUUCGAUGAGGUAUCUUCAUCGUGCAGGUGCUAAAGUUAUAGGCAUUAUGGAAUAUGAUGGCUGUAUUUACAAUCCAGAGGGUAUACAUCCGAGAGAUCUAGAAGACUACAAAAUAGAAAAUGGAACUAUAGUAGGUUAUCCUCUAGCCAAACCAUAUGAGGGAAAUAUGCUGACAGAAAAAUGUGAUAUACUUGUGCCUGCUGCUAGUGAAAAACAACUAACAAAAGACAAUGCUCAUCAAAUUCAAGCUAAGAUCAUAGCAGAAGGAGCUAAUGGUCCAACCACAAUUGAAGCCGACCAGAUUUUCCUGCAGAACAAUGUCCUUGUUAUACCUGAUCUCUAUUUAAAUGCCGGUGGUGUCACGGUCUCCUACUUCGAGUGGUUGAAGAAUCUAAACCAUGUCAGCUAUGGCCGUCUUACCUUCAAGUAUGAGAGGGACUCAAAUUACUAUCUUCUAGAAAGUGUACAACAGUCACUAGAGAGAAAAUUUGGAAAACAUGGUGGAGCUAUUCCUAUUACACCAUCAGAGAAUUUUGCUGCAAGCAUCGCUGGUGCUUCAGAAAAAGACAUUGUACAUUCUGGACUUGAGUACACCAUGGAACGAUCAGCUAGGAACAUCAUGAGAACAGCAAUGAAAUACAACCUUGGCCUUGACCUUCGUACAGCCGCUUUCAUCACAUCCAUAGAGAAAAUUUUCCGUGUUUACUACAACGCUGGUCUGACCUUUACAUAAAAUCAAAAAUGUUUUAAACAUUAUAUAUAAAACAAAAGUCUGUUAUAUGUAUAGGUUUUGUUUUUAUUUUCUGUUGAUUUCUGAUAAAAGGAUUAUACUUAAGAAUGUUGUGAAAUUAUUAUAGGUAAUUUUGUAUAUGCAAAAUAUGAGCAAUAAAAUAUUUUAGAACCAAUGUAAUAAUGUUUAUACCUUUAUUAGGAUUUUCUUGGAUCUCUCUUGACAGAUUUCAGUACUUAACGUUUAAUAGUAGCAGUUGGUAGUUUCCAGCCUUAGAUGCGAAUUGGCUGGGGUCAGUCUAAAAAUGAAAUAAGUGUCAAAAUCUCCUUCAAAAUGAUAUUCAAUGUGGAUUUUGUGCUUUGGUGCAGUGGAAUGGACGUUUUAAAAAACAGAAUAAGUGUCCUGAAGUUGGUCACAUGCGAAACUGCGUGUGUUGAUUGCUGGCUGUAUGCAAGCAAAUGUCAAGACAGUGGCCUAAUUCAGCAAGGAGUACUGAAAAAAAAGUAAUCAGUUUACAGUUUUGUUAUGCAGAAUAGGUACAGGAGAGGUUUGUGUGUAGGGCACUGUGCAUUGUUGGACUCCUGCUUUUCCCCCAACUUUUUGCCAGUAGGCCAAAUAUGGUAAUAUUUUGGAAAAUUGGUCCAUAUUUUCGCGAAUCUAGGUUUCACUAUUGGCUAUGUAUGGACUAUAGAGUCUUAUAAAUGGCAAAUAUUUCUGAUGGAUUUUAAGAAAGCAUACAAAUACAUGAUAACUAUAUGCUUUAUUUCUUUCAAAUCUCUUUUUGUUGAUUUCUGCUGAAUUGAAGGAAGACAGUCUCUGGCCAGCGUGCGAAAAGUCCAAAAACUGGCAUCUGCUACCUUUUGUACAAGAGUCUCCUAAGAGUAGUCUCCCUGUAUAGAAUCUAUUCUUGUGAUGUCACCAUUUUACAAGUACCAAAAUCAAGUUACUGGAUGGACUGGUUAACAUUGCCAAACAAAUAUUGCAUCUGCAGUAUGUAAUAUCAGCCUUGACAGGUACAUUUCCUGUGAUUAUAUAAGAUUUGUUUAUUUUAUCAUUGUUUUUAUGCAAUAGAAGUUUUAUAGUGUGGACAUUGUUAUACUUUGUUAUAGAUGUACAUGAUUUUGUAUAUGGGUAUAUUUCACAUGUAUUAUAAUAUUGUUACUCUCGCAGACGAAUCUCACUGCUAGAAGAAAACUAGUUAAACUUCAAUAUAACAGCUUAAUGGAAGAUUUAGAUAUGGUGGAACCUUGUUUCCAAAAUGUUUUAGAUUAGUGGAGUUUCUGUUUGAUACAGAGGGGCCAGUAUCAAACCAUUUUGUGGGAAAAAUGGCAUCUAUAUACCACAUUACAUCAUGAAUUUAUAUUGUUACAUAAUAUAUUUAGCCAUUUUUCCCUCAAAAGGGUUGAUAUCUGCCACAGUGAUUUGAUAUUAUAAAGACUGGAAGAAAGAAGUAGACAGAACAGUAGGUAAUGCUGGGUCAUUAAGGUUUAGAAUGUUAUGAACACCUUUGCAAAAUAAUAUUUUUCUCUUGGCUUUUAGGAGAAUUCUUGUCUUUAAUAGUACUUGUAUUGCUAUGCUUACAGAGAAUUUUAUCAGUGUCCAUUAAAACUUUCAAAUAAUUAUUUAUGAAGGUAUUAUAAUGUAUUAAAAGUAGAUAGUCCUGAUUUACUACUUCAGUAGGUAAUUUGUUACCAUUCUUUUUGCACAUUGUAGGACUCUGAUAUUUGUUCAAUAUGAAUUCCUAUUUUUCAUAUGUGAUCUUUGCAGACAGUAUUAUAUUCAUGUGUAUAAAUCUGGUCUCUGUAAGAUACACUCGGUAGACACUUUUAAAUGAGUCUUCCGGAAAAAAUGUAAAAAGAACAUUUCGCUAGUGAUGUAAAUAUUACUGUUUGCAUCAUUAGAGUACAUUGUAUGAGGUGCCUUAUUUGUAAGCUAUUUUAUGUUAUGCCAGUUCUUGUUAAAUCUUCAAUGCCGUACACAAAGUGUAAGAGCGUUUAAUAAGCAUAUGACAUUAAAGGGUUAACACUCCAGGGCAUAACAUACAACAGGGUGUCAAAAGCGGCCCACUAUACAAUUAACAUGACAAUCGGAAAGAUUUACUGCUAUUGCAUAAAAGCUCAAAGGAUUUUACAUAUUGUGGAAAUAUGUACCAAUGCAAGUGAAAAGUUAUUGUGAAAAGGUAGUCAUUGUUGAUACUUGCAAACCAGUGUUUGAUGCUAUAUUUUUUAUGGUAAAAGAUAAUUCAAUUAUACAUAAACAAGUUCAUUGUAAACUGUUUACAAAGCGUCUAUGAGUUAUCAUCAGUACCACUACCGGUUUAUUUAUAUCUUGUUAAUGUUGAAUACAGGGUUGUAGAUAAUUGGUGAUCAGGUUUGUUGGUAAGAAAUUUUGAAAUUCCAUUGCUCCUUUUCCCAGGAAUAUUUCUCAUACUCUUCUCCAUGCAAAUCUCAUAUUUCUGUUACUACAGACAUAUCACAUUGUUGUAGUUAGGUCUGCUUGUUUGUGAUGCUGUAAGCUUUGUAUAAAAUGGAAGAAAACUGGAUCUAUGUAUCAGGUGUAUAUGUUUUGUAAAAUAAUCUGUAGAAAAAAUUAUGAAUUCCUUCCAGUUGUAGUUGUAAUAAAGCACCGUGUUUUUAGCUUGACUAGUCAGGCAUGAUGUCAUUGGACAGCUCUGGUUUACAAUGUAAGUUAGAACUUGAUAAACUUUUAGUGAUUAAACACUUAUCAUAUGA